CGGCAGUCUACUGCAAUAGCCGCAGCAGUAGAGAACGGAGGGAAUGACAGCGGCCCGUUAUAGCUCGGGUCGGGAUGAUUUCGGCUGCAGAGUGCUGCCACCCCUCUACCCCCACUGCAUGAGACAUCAACAGCACAGGUGCCUUUACAGCAAUCCCCCUACCCUACAGAGAGCCUCCACCAUAUCCGCCCGCCCUUAUCUUCCACAAACGUGCAGCGAUGGACACAUAGAGAGCCUACAGCGUCGCUAUUCACAGCGCGCUGUACACAAGAGGCCAGACGAUGGCCUCCUCGUCCUCAAGGUGGUGAGUGCGGCGUGUGCUGAACCGGACAAAAAAGCCAACUUUGAAAUAGUGAGUGUGAAUGAGAGGCAUGGACGGUUUAGAAAAGCCGUGCCCUGCAUGCCUUUGGCCCUCUCCAUUAUACUCUGCAUCAUCAACAUGUUAGCCCCAGGAGUAGGAACCUUUUUAGCUGCCUUAACAGUUCUGUGUGGAUGUCCGACUGAAUACGAUGACAGGUGCAAGGCCUUCCUCUAUAAUGUUUUAGCAUCAUUUCUGCAACUGCUUACAGCUCUCAUAGUCGUUGGAUGGGUGUGGAGUAUCAUGUGGGGGAUAACAUUUGUCGGUAUUAGCAUUUCUAAGAAAGAGAAUGACAUUGUGAGGGCCACAUUAUGAACCCUGGAGGAGGAGUAGAAGAACCCAAAGGUCCAAGCUGCCUGGAAGAAGCAGAAACUGUGAUAUUUUCCGCUGCAAGCAUUUAAAGAGACCAAAGAACGCUACCGGACUUUCUGUAGAUGGCAUUUAAAAUGUUUGAUAUAUGAAACACUUUUUUUUUUCAUUUCAGUUAUAUAAGUGCUGUAAUGGAUCACUUAAAAGUGGACUGGGGGGUUAUUUUAAAUUUAUUUUUAUCUAUUUUAACUGUCUAACAAAUCUGUCCUCCUAUCUUAGCAAGAAUUUAAUCCUAUAGUUUAUCACUUAACUUUUGCUCUAUUUAAUUUUUAUUAGUUUCAUAGUAUAAUAUUAUGAUAUAAUUGCUGCGCAAAUUAUUUUUAUGAAUGAAUUAAUGUUUAUUUCAAUAAUAUAUGUCUUUGUGAUCGUUUUAUUACGUUGCUGCGAAAAACCUUCUUUUUCACUAUGAGUUUUUGUUUAUGAUUUAAAGUAUGUUUCACUUGCAUCGCUACAAAAAAUUUUUAUGUAUUUUUAUGGUAAUUGUUGUAUAAUGAAUUCUUUUUCUUGCAACACAACUGCAAAAAGGAAACUUAUUCUGUGUUUUAAUUAUUUUUUAACGUGAGUGUUAGAUUCUUAUUAUAGACUCGAAAUGCGUGUGAAAGAACACUUUUAUUGAUACGAACAAAAGUAGAGGCUAUGCAUGGACCAAUCGACCGAUUUAAUCUUCACAUAUUUAUUCAUAGCCAUGUCUGUAAGCAAGAUAAUCAGCUCUGGCUACUCAGGUUUCUAGUCAAAGAAUCUACAACAUAGACAACAUAUCAGCUGUAAAUGCCAUCUUGUGUCUUCUAAAUAAAAGAUAUAGGUGAACUCUUACAAUUUGUUCGUGUCAGUUGAUUUCUAUCAGACCCCUCUAUGGUGAACCUUAUUUCAGUUCAUACCACAAACAAUGGUUCCCUUUUUAUGACACAUGAUUUAAAUGAAAUACAAAAAGGAACAGUCACAAAAAAUUUAGAGAUGAACUUUGAUUGAGGGAUGAGAUAAAAGUAGCAAACAAGCCGUGAUGCUAUAGAUGGUUCUAAAAAUCGGUAUACGUAGAAAUGACCAGAUCAUCCCUCUUCUUUUGGUUAUGGGCUGCUCUUCUUCUGUGUUCCUUGGAACAAUCACUAUGAGUCCUAUUUUUGAAUUGUUUAGUGAAGGUUCAUCCAUAAGAUGGAAAUUCCGGUAUCUGGAAUCGAAUGUAAGAUUUGAAAGAGAUCAGCCUAUAUCUUUUAUGCCGAAAAUAAAUGAUGACACAAUUGUACAUAGGUAGAAAAUACAGUUUUUUUUUAAAAUAAUUAACAGUGUGCCUAAAGUAUGAACUCCUAUGGGACCACUAAAGAUUGGGACGCAGGAUAGUGUUCUUGAAUUCUAUAUAUAGAGACAUUUUUAGAAUUAAAGUAUCACUUCAUUACGAUAUUUGAAGUAUUUUUGAACAAAUCUAAUCCAAUGUUGUAGUCAUAAGAUGUCGUCAACUUUAGAAUUCUAUUUCAGAAUACGGAUGCUCAUUUUUAACAAACAGAAUUUUUUUAAUUUAUAGAAUGAGGAUUUUUCCGUUAACCAAAUAAAACAAUCUAAUUUUUGUCGAUUUAUAGGAUUAAUGCGACGCUGCUAAAAGCUUUAAAAAUUAUAUUAUUCCUCUUUUUACUGCAUUGAACACUAUGAUGUCACCCUAUACUAUUUUUUAGUCCUAUUAAAUGAUGUGUUCUACAAUCCCUGUUAAACCAGAAAUAAUGUUUUAAUAAGUUGUUUCGUAAUCAUUAUUAUCAAAGCUGAAAUAAUGUUUUUGUAAAAUAUUCUGCAAUCCUUAUUCAUCUUAAUAAACUACGAAGAAUAAUAUAUUAAUAUGAUAUUCUACAAUCCUUAUCGAUCUUUUUAAAUCAGAAAUAAUGUUUUAAUACGAUAUUCUUCGAUUCUUUUUAAUCGUAUCAUACCAGAAAUAGUGUUCUAUACAAACAUUCUUAACCGUAAACCAGAAACGAUAUUCGAUUAAAUUAUUCCUUCAUAGCUGUGUCGAAUCAAAGAUAGUUCCCAACCAAGUAUAGUGUACAUUUUUUAAUAAAUAAGUUUCAUGACAAAUAAUGCAUUCAGUUUGUUUGUUUUGCAUUGUAUAUAAUGUAUUUUUACAUUGAAUUUGAACUAUUUAAGUCUCCAUGAUUUCCCCCGUAUUUCAAACGCAUCUUAGAUAAUUUAUAAGUUUUACAAAAGUUCUUAAUUAUUAUUAUGAAUACUUCCCAUCAUAACCUUAUAACUGUAGAAAAGAAUAAUUACUUAAAAGUGGAUAUCAGUUUUAAAUUCAUAUGAAGAAUAUUUAAAAUUUUAUUUUCAAUCUAAUUCCUAAUUUUUACUACUUCACAUACUUCGUUCAUUAUUUUAGAAUUUUAGUCUCUAUUUUCAAUAAUUAUUUUUUUGUCUGUCUUUUUGAAUUUCGAAAUUUUUUCCCAAAAAUUUCGAAGUAAAACUUAUCAAAAUAAGUUUCUUAGAAAAUAAUGGCAAUGUUACUUGGUGUGUGGCCUGAUUUUUGUACAACAAAAAUUCAGGCUCUACUAUUAUAUAAUAUCUUUGGAGAAAAAUGUGAAAGUAACCAAAGAAAAAACGA